UGGGAGUGUAGGAACCUCGGAAAAUGUGGAUCACAGACAGCUAUUCUAAUACCAACAGAAAAUGGCCUCAUUGACAGUGACCGGCAAAGCUCGAACUUGCUUUGUAGAAGCGGCUGUCUUGCUCCACGCCCUAGGUCCCGUCCGCGGUGAACCUGCUUCACAAGCGCUGGAUCACAGUGAGCUUGGGCAGGAUAGAGAAGGGUUUCUCAGACGGAAGUUCUUAGAUUCCUUCGCUCCCAUAUCUUGCAAGGGUGGUGACAGCGUGUCUGCGGCAUGCAUGGAAGAUCCCCAACCCGAAGGAACAGUCGUUCGCAUUGCAAGUAAUGGCAGCGUUAGUGCGGACAUACUUUCCCAGGCGCAAUCGAUUAUCAAUGAUCUAAGCAGCAUCGCAUGUGGAGAAUCUACAAGGCUGGAGAAAGAGGCCGACAUUUUGUUAAAAAUUGUGAAGAUGGAUAUUUCACGUCUUCGGAUAUACGUCGAUGACCUUCGUGUAUAUCAAAAUAUGAUCCUGCGUCCCCGCUCCGAAGUCCAAUAAUGAGUGAAAAAAGACCUUUGCCGGACGUUUCAAUGUUCGAGAUGGAGCAAUUCCUUUCGUGGCUCGAUAGCAUCGCUAGGAUGGACGGACUUGAUCGGUUCCCUCAACCGGAAUUGCUAGCUCAUUAUAUCAAGCUGGCGCGGGACGUAAAGCAUAACUAUCUUGAACUGCUCAACGCCGCGUUCUCAACCGACACAAUCCGUUGCCCAAAAUGGAUUCCUAUCAUCUUCAAGUUGGGGCAGUAUGGAAUCGCACCUAGGGCAUUCAUCCAGCUUGCUAUCGAAUUUCCGGGUCUCUUCAACCCAAUGAUAGUCAAUGCUAUCGCAGCCCCAGCAAAGGUCCCGCUGCAGAGAGGUGAUGUGUCUCUUGGUUUGGCACUCCAGCGCCUGGUUGGAGAAAAUCAGAGUAGAUACGUUUCUUGCCUUACCCAAGUCUGGGGCGGAACAGAUCCCGAAGCACACUUCCGACAUCAGUGUCCUGAUGCCCUUGCCAUCCAUGCUGAGAUGCAACUUGCGGGUUUCUAUGAUCUUCGUGUGGAGCGGACACCCUCAUUUUGGUUUAUUGGUGUAAGCAAGAAAUCAUGCUAUCUGUGUGAUAGAUUCCUUGCCAUUCACCCAAAUUCCCUACAUACAUCUGCUUGCCAUCAGAAGCUCUACUUAUCCUGGGUUCCACCGCCUACAGGACAAUAA